CGCGGUAUAGCAGGAGCAAUGGUACACCGUCGGGCCGCCGACGGGCCUCCCGAAUCGCCUCAACGGCCCAUGGAAGCCACCGACAAUUUACAUAAGUGCAAUCCGUCGCCGUCACAACUUCCACUGGUGUUCGACGCCGCGGUUAUGAGCCAAAAGGCAGAAAUACCUUCCCAAUUCGUAUGGCCUGAAGAGGAGACGCCAAAGUCGGACGCUCAGGACGAGCUCUCCCUUCCCCUUAUCGACCUUGACAUGUUUCUCUCAGGCCAGCCGGAGGCCGAGGCCGAGGUGGCCCGGCUUGUAGGGGAAGCCUGCGCAAAGCACGGGUUCUUCCAAGUAGUGAACCAUCGCAUCGACCCAACGCUAGUUGCCGAUGCCCACCGAUGCGUCGAAGCCUUCUUCUCGAUGCCGCUAAGCGAAAAGCAGAAAACGCAGAGGAAUCCCGGUGAGAGCUGCGGCUACGCGAGCAGCUUCACCGGCCGCUUCUCUUCCAAACUCCCUUGGAAGGAAACGCUCUCCUUCCGCUUCUCCCCUUCCUCUUCGUCCAUCGUCCUCAACUAUUUUGUCGGCAAGCUCGGAGAACAAUUCCGACACUUCGGGGAGGUGUACCAGAACUACUGCGAGGCCAUGAACACGCUGUCGCUGAAGAUAAUGGAAAUACUUGGAAUAAGCCUCGGCGUUGGCCGCGCACACUUCAGUGACUUCUUCCAAGGCAACGAUUCCAUAAUGAGGCUCAACUACUACCCGCCAUGCCAGAUGCCGGUGCUCACGCUGGGGACGGGCCCCCACUGCGACCCAACCUCAUUGACUAUUCUCCACCAGGACGACGUCGGUGGCCUUCAGGUCUUCGUUGACAGCAAGUGGCGCACCGUCAGCCCCAAAACCAACGCCUUUAUCGUUAACAUCGGCGACACCUUCAUGGCACUGUCAAACCAGAGGUACAAAAGCUGCCUUCACCGCGCGGUGGUGAACAGUCAAAAGCCGAGGAAGUCGCUGGCUUUCUUCCUUAGCCCAGAGAUGGAUAAGUUGGUGCAGCCUCCGACAGAGCUUGUUGAUUCCAACAACCCGAGGAUUUAUCCGGACUUCACUUGGUCGGCCCUGCUUGAAUUCACCCAGAAGCAUUACAGAGCCGAUAUGAACACCAUGGACGCAUUCUCCAAGUGGAUUCAGAAGACCAUCAAGAACUAAAUUUUACCUUCUAUUUCUUCUUUUGAUAGGAACAAGAACGCGCGGGAGACGAGCACAGAGAUCGAAGGUGAUGUAUCUCAAAAAAGAUACGAUAAGGAGGCUCUGUUAAACGACGGAUUAGCAAAAGAAAUUUUAACUUCCAAGGCGUUUUUAAUUGAAUUGGAGCGAAAAUGGAAGAAUGAGAUGUUGACAGCUCCUGCUAUUAUGGCCUACAACCGUUGGCCAGUUCGAUGGCAGAGAGUGAGGAGGAGGACUGAGUUGGUCGAAGUGGAGAAUGAUUCUUCCGCCAAUUCUUGCUCUGUUUUCUUUUGUCGUUUUGGCCUAAACCAUUAUUAG